AUGAGUGCAAACAUGAAUAACGCUCAAGGUGAGAGCUGACCGUGUGCUGGACUACGGUAGCAGCUGCGGACUUGACCUUUCCACACCUGUCAGUCGCUGCUUUCCUUCGUGAACACCUCACCGCCGCUGAGUGGAAGGCACGCGAGGACUAUGCUAGCUGGUACGCUACCAAGCGCAGAUGGACCGUUACUGCGGGUGUCAUGUUUCAGAUUGGUACCUUUAUGGGAGUCGCAACUCUGCUUCCGCCCGUUGGGGUCGCGGCUGCACUCGGUGGAGGAGGUGCGUGCAUCGGAGCGGCGCUUGGUCUUGGAGAUGCUGCUUAUGCUGCAGCACUGGAGGAAGGAGCCAAAAAGUGGGACAUCCUCCACGGCUAUGGAAACCUUUACGCUUGA